AUGACCAUGGCAGAGAAGCGCCCCUACCCCGACGGCCAGGGCCCGAAUGGAGACGCCAAGCGUGCAAAGGCUUCUGAUGCCAUCGAAGCCGCGAGGGCGAAAGCCAAGGCAAAGGCCGCUGAGAUCGCAGCCCGUUUCGCGAAGCAGCCCGCCGCUGCAGCUCCUGCACCGGCGUCGGCUGGCGCUAGCGAAUCAGUCCAGGACAAGCUGGCUGCCAUGAAGGCACGGAUGGAAGCGCUCAAGGCCGGCUCAGGAAUCGCGAAAGCGCCAACACCAGACUCCACUGGCCCUCGCUUUGCGACAACACUGGGCAACCGCCGCUCAGAGACGCCCAAAGUCGACCCCAAGGCCAAGCCCGCUGCCUCGAAGCAGAAGCAACAACAAGAGGAGGAGCUGGAGAAUCCAUACUUUGACCCCAAGGCUGCCGCCCUUGCCAAGAAGAGAGGCCCUCGUGUCCUGGCUUUCAAUGAGCAUGGAAAGUACCUCGACCAGGCCUCCAAGCUGCGCGCGCAACGCCGCCUAGAAGAGAUCAAGAAGACGCUCGCCAUCCAAGCACGCCGCGCCGGUCUGGACGAGAAUAGCGAGCGCGGAUUCCUGGUUCAGGCACCUCCGGACAUCGAGUGGUGGGACGAGGGUAUUCUGGCCGAACCUACCUACGAAUGCUUGGACGACCCGACCAAGGUCAAGGUUGAGACCGACGAUUCCAUCAUCACUCUCUACGUCCAACAUCCUCCCCUUCUGAAAGCACCCCAGGACCAGCGUCUAGUCCAGGUGAAGCCCAUGUAUCUCACCACCAAGGAGACACAGAAGCUACGCAGAAUGCGCCGUGCGGCCGACCUCAAGGAGCACCAAGCAAAGAUCCGUCUCGGUUUGGAGCCGCCUCCACCACCCAAGGUCAAGCGCGGAAACAUGAUGCGUGUCAUGGGUGAGCAAGCUAUCGCGGAUCCUACUGCUGUAGAGAUGCUCGUUGAGUCACAGAUUCAACAGCGUCACGACGAUCACAUCACUGCAAACGAAGACCGGAAGUUGACCAAGGAAGAGCGAGCGGCCAAGCUUGCAGCCAACCAAGAGAAAGACGCGCAGAAAGGUCUCUACAUGUGCGUCUUCAAGAUCAACACACUCGCCUACGGCAAACAUCGUUUCCAGAUCGACAACAACGCGAAAGAACACGCGCUUACCGGUAUCACCCUAUUCAACCCCGAUCUCAACCUGGUCGUUGUCGAAGGCGGCGCAUAUGCGAUCAACAAGUACAAGAAGCUCAUGCUCCAUCGCAUCAAGUGGCAUGAGAACGGGCCACCGACAGAGAACCAGGCCGAGAAGCAAGCAUCGGACCCAAAGUGGCUGAGGCCAGUUACUGAUACCGGAGACGUCAAGGACCAUUCAUCCAACAAGUGUAUCCUCAUCUUCGAGGGUGAGAUCAAGGAGCGCUCCUUCCGCAAGUGGGGUUCAAGAGUCUGCGAAACCGCUGGCGAGGCUCGUGAGACACUCGGAAGGGCUAAGCUUGACAGUUUGUGGGCGCUCGCCAAGAGCAUGGAGUGA